GAAAUCGUUCGUUGUCGGCUCAAAGCACUCAAUCGUGUAGUUGAGAAGUCAGUUUGAGUCUGUUAUCCGGUGUGUUAACAUCGCUAUCCGUCAGUCGUAUUUGAAUUUCAUCUCAAGAGAAAGAGAGAGAAAAUUGUGAAGUGUUGAGUUAACUCAGAAAAACCUCAUCGUGUAAAAGACUUUCUGGAUUAUUAAAAUUUCUGUAAAGCCCUGUGCCCAAGUGUAUAAAUUGCUCUUAAGAAACGAUACCAAAUGGUUGUGCUAGAAGGUGGAGGAAUGGUUACCAUCGGCAAUAAUCAAUACCUUCAGCCAGACUAUCUAUCACCGCUUCCAACUACGUUGGAUGCAAAGAAGAGCCCCUUGGCACUUCUGGCCCAGACAUGCAGUCAAAUUGGAGCAGAUUCCAGCAAUGUCAAAUCCCUGAUCAGUGUGGAUAAAAGCAAGACAUCAGCCAAGGCAUCAGACAACGUAGCCAAAUCACCGUCGGCUGGUGCAAAGAUCGCCGAAACUAAGCCAUCACCAACACAAGAAGUGAAGUUAGCUUUUAAGCCAUAUGAGGCUAAUGUGUUAACUAAGAAGAGUGCCGAGGAGCGUCCCUCCUCCAAAGCCAGUAGUGUCAAUGAUAGUGCUGAUGAUAAAUAUAAAAGUGCUCGUGCUCCCUCACGCGAAAAGUCCGAUUCACCCAUAAAUGUGCAUUCGAAUGGGGACGUUAACGGGAAGUCAUCACCGAGUCAGGAGUGCAAGAGCACCUCACCGUCGGGAUCAUCGCAGCGCGGACAGAGUCCGAUAAUCCGUUCGGGAAUGGAAGUGCUUCAGGGUCACCCUAAAGACCUACCACUGGGUGCUGGCUAUAAACCAGGCAGCAAUCCCUAUGGUCUCAAUCCCCUUACCGGCGGACUGUGCUGUCCGCCGGGAUUGGAGCAACAUGCCAAUCCAGCAUUCAGACCACCCUUUGCUGGUGCUUUUUCACACCAUCAUGCUGCCAUGUUGGCUGCAGCAGCUGGUUACCCACCUACAUCUACGGCUCCCGGACCCUAUGUCAGUUACGCGAGAGUUAAAACGCCAACUGGUGGUGAAGCUCUGGUGCCAGUGUGCAAGGACCCUUAUUGUACGGGGUGCCAGUAUUCGGCCCAUAACCAACAAAUGCUGAUGGGUGCCCCAUGUCCGGCGGGUUGCACACAGUGUGAACACCAAAAGUAUGGCCUAGCCAUGGCUGCGAUGCAAAGUAGCCUACCCCCUGGACACCCCUAUGCCCAGCUAGGUCGACCCUAUAUCUGCAAUUGGAUUGCCGGAGAGACAUACUGUGGCAAGAGGUUUGGGUCAUCUGAGGAAUUACUGCAGCACUUAAGGACACACACAGCUAACCUAGCAGACCCAGCUGCAGCUGCUGCAGCUCUAGCACAGUCACAGUCUGCUUUGCUCAGUCCACUGGGACCUUUAUUUUCACCAUCCGCCCUACAUCGAGCCUACCCUACACCACCGCUUAGCCCUCUGUCAGCUGGUCGCUACCAUCCUUAUGGAAAGCCAGGUAGCAUGCCAUCAGCACUGUCAGGCUAUCCACCCUUCAAUCCCGCCGCCCUGGGGCCCUACUAUUCCCCCUAUGCCCUCUACGGUCAGAGACUAGGAGCUGCAGCAGUGCAUCCUUAAAAUCAAGUUCGCCCUGGAUUUUAAAUCCUCAAGGUUACACCCCUAGUUCGUCAAACACUCAAUCUAACGUCCAAGUGACGAACAUAGUCGGGCUACCCUUCAAGGAUUUGCCUGAACAUCCACAGGGCAGAUGGUAAUCUGUAUUAGACAUGAACUCUACAAGAAGUAAUACUUUUCUCUACUGUGAUAAAACAUUUAAGGGGGUUACACAUUGCGAUGUCUGAAAUGGUGAGACGGAAGUAUACAUAACAUGUUUUUUUUUUUCUUUGUGUUAUCUCAGGACUAUUAUCAACCCAAGCAAAUAUUGUAAUACAUUCAACACGAUAUUGUUUGUGAAAAAGAAAAAAACAGAUACAAAAUUCACUUAUCCAUGUCGAAAAGGUGUCGAUCCAACAAGAUCGUCCCUAUGGUCUCUUCUGUAACAGGACAACAUUAAAUUGUAAAUAUUGUGAAUUUUGAAGGAGAGAAAUGAAAAAAAAGAAGAAUCCUUUAGAAUAACGAAAGAUAUUUGCUUAAAAAUAAAGGUAAUAAACCAAAAUAGUAAAAA